UUCUGCCAGGGCUUCCUCGCUGGAGGGAUUCGGGAAGCUCCCUUCUUAUGGUCAGGCGGCUGAGAGGAGAGGGCCUUCCGCGCUUGGAGCUCUCGCUGCAGCCUCAGGAGCAGGGAAAAAAAGAAAUCAAGCUGCAUGUCUUCCUAAAGGAGAGAAGAUGUUAUGUUGGGGAUAUUGGUCUUUUGGAUAUCCUGGGACAGAUAGUACUGUCCAGUCAGUCAUCCCGGAACCUCGAACCAGUGGUUUCAUUCAUGAGAGGAGUGUUAAAGAAGUGGCUUGUGGUGGAAACCAUGCCGUCUUCUUGCUGGAGGACGGAGAAGUCUAUACCUGUGGUGGGAAUACCAGUGGACAACUAGGACAUGAAAGGGAGGGAAGCAAGCCAGAGCAAAUUGGAGCACUAGCAGAUCAGCACAUAAUUCAUGUUGCCUGUGGAGAAUCUCAUAGCCUGGCCCUCAGUGACCAAGGCCAGCUUUUUUCCUGGGGGGCUGGCAGCGAUGGACAGCUUGGUCUCACAACAACGGUAGACUCGGUGGCUGUACCAAGGUUAAUAAAAAAGCUGAACCAAGAGAUGAUACUUCAGGUCUCCUGCGGGAAUUGGCAUUGUUUAGCUCUUGCAGCUGAUGGACAGUUCUUUGCAUGGGGACAGAACACCCAUGGGCAGCUGGGGUUGGGUAAAGAAUUCCCCUCCCAAGCCAUCCCUCAGCGUGUCAAAUCACUUCAUGGGAUCCCCUUGGCUCAGGUUGCUGCUGGAGGAGCUCAUAGCUUCGCCUUGUCUCUCUCAGGAGCUGUUUUUGGUUGGGGGAAGAAUACCUCAGGACAACUGGGAUUGAGCGAUGAGNUAGAUCGGGAGUCUCCAUGCCAUGUGAAGCUCUUAAGGACUCAAAAGGUUGUCUACAUUAGCUGUGGAAAUGACCACACAGCUGUCUUGACAAAGAGCGGAGGGGUGUUCACCUUUGGUGCGGGUUCCUGUGGUCAACUAGGUCAUGAUUCCUUCAAUGAUGAAGUCAACCCCAGAAGAGUUUUGGAGCUGAUGGGCAGUGAGGUGUCUCAGAUUGCAUGUGGUAGACAGCACACUCUAGCCUUUGUGCCUUCUUCAGGACUUAUCUAUGCAUUUGGUUGUGGAAUCAAAGGCCAGCUGGGAACUGGGCAAACCUGCAAUCUUAAAUGUCCUUCCCCAGUCAAAGGCCACUGGGCAGCACAUAAUGAGGAAAUUUCUAGUAGAGCUGAUGUCUGUAAAUAUUGCAUUGUUAAACAUAUCUUCUCUGGAGGAGACCAAACAUUUGUACUUUGUUCUGAGACAGAGAAUUCUCUGCCAGCAGAUGAUUUCCGGACCAUUAAUCAAAGUGACUAUACCUGUUCAAUUAAUGAUGAUACAAUAGAUAUGUGGAGACAAAAGCUUUCGGAAAGGAAUAAUCCUAAUUCAGUGAAUGAAGUUGUCCAGAUCCUAUCCUCAGCUGCUUGCUGGAAUGGGAGCUUCUUAGAAAAGAAAAUAGAUGAACAUUUUAAAACUAGUCCAAAAAUUCCAGGGAUUGACUUGAAUUCUACCAGAGUGAUAUUUGAUAAACUAAUGACAUCUCAGCAUGCCAUCUUGCUUGACCAGAUCUUGAAGAGUUUUGAAAGCUUUUUGAUCCCACAGCUGCCCAGCUCCCCGCCGGAUGUUGAAGCCAUGAGAAUCUAUCUGAUUCUGCCAGAGUUCCCACCAUUUCAAGAUUCAAAGUACUAUGUAACCUUAACACUUCCAUUGGCAAUGGCUAUAUUGCGCCUGGAGAGGAACCCCAGUAAAGUUUUAGAUAACUGGUGGUCUCAGGUAUGCCCAGGAUACUUCUUGAGGCUGGUGGAUCUCUAUAAAGGGGCUGUGGUUUACCUCUUGAAUGGAAGAAAAACAUUAUUGAUCCCUGUCUUAUACAGUAGUUACAUCACAGCUGCACUAAAACUUCUGGAGAAACUUCAUAAAGUAAAUCAGAAAGUUAAGCAUGUAGAAUAUGACAAAUUUUAUAUCCCAGAAAUUUCCAAUCUGGUGGAUAUUCAGGAAGACUACCUAAUGUGGUUCUUACAUCAAGCUGGAAUGAAAGUAAGACCACCUAUUAUGCAGGAUGGUGUGACUCUGUGCUCUUAUCCAUUCAUCUUUGAUGCACAAGCCAAGACCAAGAUGCUACAGACUGAUGCUGAACUGCAGAUGCAGGUGGCCAUCAGUGGAGCAAAUUUGCAGAAUGUUUUCAUGCUUCUCACCCUAGAGCCCCUUUUGGCUCGAAGUCCUUUCCUGGUCCUUCAUGUCCGUAGGAGCAACCUGGUUGGUGAUGCUCUGAGGGAAUUGAGCAUCCAUUCUGAUAUUGAUUUGAAAAAGCCUCUGAAGGUGAUCUUUGAUGGUGAGGAAGGUGUUGAUGCUGGUGGAGUUACAAAGGAAUUCUUCCUUCUGCUGCUGAAAGAGCUCUUGAAUCCCAUUUAUGGGAUGUUCACUUUCUACUCUGAAUCAAACCUGCUUUGGUUUUCAGACACUUGUUUUGUAGAACACAAUUGGUUUCACCUCAUUGGCAUUAUAUGUGGUUUGGCGAUAUACAACUUCACUGUGGUUGAUCUUCACUUUCCAUUGGCUCUCUAUAAGAAACUCCUGAAUGUGACACCCUGCUUAGAAGAUUUGAAGGAGCUGUCUCCCAUGGAAGGAAGGAGUCUUCAGCAGCUUUUAGAUUAUCCAGGGGAAGAUGUUGAAGAAACAUUUUGCCUCUAUUUUACAAUAUGCAAGGAAAGCUAUGGUGUGGUAGAGCAGAAGAACCUCAUUCCUGAUGGAGACAAAAUUGCAGUACAGAAGGAGAACAGACAGGAAUUCGUUGAUGCCUAUGUAAAUUAUAUCUUCAACCUUUCAAUCCAUGAAUGGUACGCAGCAUUCUCCAGUGGCUUCCUGAAGGUGUGUGGUGGCAAGGUCAUGGAAUUGUUCCAGCCGACUGAACUGAGAGCUAUGAUUGUUGGAAGCAGCAACUACAACUGGAAGGAGCUGGAAGAGACCACCAUUUACAAAGGGGACUACUCAGCUACACACCCAACUGUGCAAAUGUUUUGGGAGACCUUUCAUGAGUUUCCCCUAGAAAAGAAGAAAAAAUUUCUAUUGUUCCUCACAGGCAGCGACCGGAUUCCCAUCUAUGGCAUGUCAAGUUUACGAAUUGUCAUCCAAUCGACCUCCAGUGGGGAACAGUACCUGCCUGUAGCUCAUACCUGCUACAACCUUCUUGAUCUGCCCAAGUACAGCACCAAGGAAAUCCUGAGCACACGGCUCACACAAGCCAUUGACCACUAUGAGGGCUUCAGCUUGGCAUGAAAGCUGCCCUCAACAUAGACAAUUCUAUAUAGAAAGAAAAUACUGUCUUGUUUUUAUUUUUGUAAAGAAAUAGGUUUAAAAAUGCUCAGUGAAGGGAGAGGAAGAUUAUAGGAUAUUGAACCACAGCAAAGUCUGUUUGACUUUCCUUAGGAUUUCAGCAUUGAUGUUUUCAAUGUGUCAGUCAAAAUCUGUUGGAAGUUCUUUAUGGUUAUUGGCUGGUUCUUAUUAGCAGUCUGUUUUUCUUCCCUGUCUCUGCAGUUCAGCACCUGUUAAAAAUAUCAGUGUUUUGAAAUAACUAUUCCAAAAGGUGGAUUCUGAUAAUUUGGAAAGUUUUUACCUCUCAUCAGUUACCCCACAGCUGUGCAUGUCCUUUCUGUUUCUUCCGCUCCCAUUACAGAACUACUUGUUGUCUUCUAGCAACCCAGUUCCCACCUCUACUGCCAGUUUCUGUGGUGAAACAGAAGUGGUUUUCCUUUUUCUCUAAUGGUGCCAGACCACUUUGUGACAGGUAAAAUCUGUAGAUGGUUGUUUCAUAGAAGAAGGGAAGAGAAAAGGUGAAUGAAGGUGUGGAAGCUGAGGUUGGAGUUUGAAUGAAAGCAAGCUCCUUUCUCUUUUUCUACUUCCUGGAUAACUUUCCACAGAAAUGAGAGAUGGGAGUAAAUCAUUUCUCUGCCUUCUUUCUGUUGAACCAGAGAAAUGCCAGCACUUUGCUUGUAGGAAAACAGAAAUAAAAACCUCGUGGACUUAGUUGACAGUACCUGAAAACAUUACUUUUUCAUUUGCUUAAAGUAGGAAUGUAUAAAUAUUUGAGUGCACUGGGUUUUCCCCACCUAUUUCCUCCUUUCUGUUCAGGGACAGGCUCCUGAGAGCAACCUCACAGCACAUGUCAUGUCCGCUCCCCAUCACUGUGCAUGCAAUUGGGAGUUCUUUGCCAAGCACUACUGAGGAGUCAGCCACAUUUAACAUUCUGCUGUACACCUAGGCAUUACUUUUGAUAUAUGAGAGGUCUGCUUCCCAUAGAGAAAGUCAGAUCCUUGUAUGCAUUGUAGGAGUUAGAAGGAAAGGAUAGAAAACCUUACUACUUCUUCUCAAAAUAUCCCCCAAAGAACUCCUUCUUUCCCUCCGGUUACAUAGUGACCUCACUCUUUUUGUUUCCCAAGGUCUGGUGUGAAUCUGACUUGAGCCUGGCUAGUGGAAACUGGAUUUAUUUAUACAGCAGGGUGGUCUGGCUCCAGUUACAGUUAGUUCUGACCUAAGUCCCAAGAAAAGCAAAGAAUAGAUUGAGUUGGGAGGAGAUAGCAGUAGGGGCAACGGGUUAAAGCCCCUCUCACACGUCCCAUUCCAGCUCAGCUUCUCUUCUGCAACCAUUAGUUGCAAUUUAACUUUGCUUGGAUUUAGGCCCCAGUAUUCAAAACCCUUUUUAAAAAAGGCUUUGAAAGACAUUCCCCCCCCCCUCUACCUCCCUGAUGGUAAAACCGUGAUGGCAUUGAGGGAAGCUUUUUAAAAAAAAAUAAAUUAUAACAUUGACUUGCUACUUGGGUAGCUAUUGAACCUCUUUAUACUAUAGCGUUAAAUACAGCUCUAUCAAAUGUUUAUUUUCUAUUGUAUGUGUACAUAGCCCAGUAUUAUGCAAUAAAUGUAAUGAUUCCUUCAAAUUUUAUACCUUGUUUGCCUAAAAGAAGAAAAUAAAUUCUCUCUCUCUCCUGCUUU